AUGGAAACGGCCUCGCUGGCCAGCCGAGGCCUGUACCCGGAUGUACCGCCGGACUUUCAGUCUCGAAAUGACAUCAACCCGACCCUGAUGAUGAGCUGGUGGGCUACGGGCUUCUCGCUGGCUAUCAUCAUCGUCCGGUUAUGCGGUCGUUACGUCCGAAUCGAGCGAUUCUUCCCCGAGGACAAGGUCGUCAUGCUCAGCGUCAUCCCGCUCACUAUUCGCAUGGUGCUGGUUCACUUUGUGCUCGUCUUCGGGACCAACAAUACUCAAACGGCCGGGUUGACGCAGGACCAAAUCGACAAACGAGUCAUCGGAAGUAAACUGGUCCUGGCUGCGCGCAUCUUCUAUGCCAUCUUUAUCUGGACAGCCAAGCUUACCGUCUGCGAGUUCCUGAAACGAGUUACUGGCAUGGUCUGGCGCAAGUCAGUGGCUAUGUUCCUACGCUUUGUCCAUUUCUUCCUGGCCUCUACGCUCGUCGCCGUCGUCAUCGCGACCCUGGCUGAAUGCCAGCCCAUAGGCCAUUACUGGCAGGUUGUACCGGAUCCAGGACCUAGUUGUCGGAGCGGAUAUGCACAGCUCAUUACGAUGGGAGCUUGCGACGUCAUCACCGAUCUUUUGCUCGUUGCCUUUCCGGUGCCUAUCAUCUUGAUGGCUCAGAUGCCCAUAAAACGAAAGUUCGCCCUCGUCGUCCUCUUCUGUCUCUCGCUCAUCCUGGUCGCCAUCACCUGUUACCGUGUACCAUCCGUGAUCGAUCGCCGAGGCGCACAGCCCUACCGCUCCCUCGUCGCUUCAUUGGAGAUCCUUGCCGCGACGGCUGUUUCGAACCUCGUCGUGAUCGGCUCCUUUGUCCGUGAUCGCGGUGUCAAGAAACUCAAGUACAAGCGCGCGCAGGGCUCAGCCUCCGUCACCGAAAGCAAGGAUAACAGCUAUGUGCGCCGCAACACGGUUAUGCACCAUCAAUGGGGCAGUGACUCUGACCUCGCCGGUGACCUGGGCAUCCGGCUCGACCCUAAGCUCUACUCCUCGGCGCCUGGCACUACCCUCCCCAUCCCAGCUCCCCAGGUACCUCUCAUGGUCGCCCGCACCGGCUCCCUCGAUCCAUCGUGGUCCUUCAACCAAAGCCACACCUCAGACGAAGACCGCGUCUCAAUUUCCGACAGCCUCGACAUCAAAGUCAGUCCACGCGAGUAUCUCCCAACUAGCCAAUCACCCGGCGAUAUACCCCCAUCAAACUCAAUGCCUCUCUCCCGCCGCGUAUCCUUCUUCGAUGUCGGCGGUCUACUAAACCGAGACGAACCACCACCAACACGACCCACCCUCCUUUCUCGCCAUACAAUGGUCCCCUCAACAACAACGACUAUUACUUCUCCACCUAUCGAACUUCAACGUCAACGCCGCGGCAGCAGAGCCUUUCUCGAAGAUCUCGGCGUCCUCGCCCCUCGCAUCACUGCAUCCGCUCCGCCCCAACAUCAACCACAACCCCAACCACGCUUCUCCUCACCACCUUCCAUAAACACAUCCCCUACAGCGGGACAACUCUCUCACCUCCUCCCACCCUACCGAGCCUCCCCCGACGUCUCCCUCGACGUAGACGUCGAACUCCAAGACGUAGGAGGCCUGCUUUCGCGACAAUCUCACCGACCCUAA